UUUUUUUUUUGGGAGGGUGGCGGGGGGAGCUGGGAAAAUGAAUGCAGAUGCCUCAACCUGCUGACUACUUUAGCUUCACCUGCGCUCAUUCGUUCUGACCACAAGCGUCAAGCUGGGCAUCAGUGAGCCAAAGUGAGGAGCCAUGAAAGACAGCUACGGAGGAUAUGAGAACCAGCUCUUUAAAGAGGAGGAGAACAAUGGCGAGGAAGAGGAUAUACCGCCAUUCAGAGGUCGCACUCGAGGAGGUUGUGUGAGGUGCCGGCAGAGUCAUUCCCUCCAAGUGGCUGUCAAAGUCCUUUACGCGUUAGUGGCAUUCCUGAUUGUCAUUGUGGUCGUGCUGGCAUCACUCGUGUUUAGGAAGGUGGACUAUCUUUCCGAGGAAGAGCUUGUCUAUGAAAAGAAGAUCGCAGGCGCUCAGAAAGCCCUCGGCGAGAUCACUAACUGCUCAGGUUGUCUGGAUGUGACCCUGUACAGCGAGGAGAUAGCUCGACUCAAGCAGGAGUUUGAGGACAUCCAAAAAAUGCUCCUGGGACAAGAGCAGGUCCUGGACCAAGCCUCUCAAACUCAGACCAAGCUGACAGCCACUAGCAAACAGCUUAGCACAGAUAUGCAGACCCACGUCAUGUCCAUCAAGUUUCUCAACCAGUUACUGGUGGGAUACCAAGACCAGGUAGAGGGCUGGAAGGACGUGCUGGAGGAGACGGAAGAGAGAAUGAAGACUCUGACAGAAGAUCAAUAUGAUGUCAAAGCUACUGCGCAGCAAAUCAAUACAACAGUGGCACUGAGUACGAUGUGGAUUGAUGCCCUGCAGAGGAAAUCAGACGAGGAGACUUUGGUCCUCCAGAAGUUGACCAACGACUGGCAGAACUACACUCAAGUUCUGGGCAUGAUUAAAUCCAAUGCGAGCAGCAACACCCAAAUCUUACGGUCCCUGCAAAACAAUAUCGUCGCGGACCACCAGAGAAUCUCCAUUUCCUCAGAGAUGUACUACGAACUCAGUCAGCAGGUAAUGAACCUGCAAGUGCAACUCGACAACGUCACAACUUCCAUGGACGAACAUGAAGAGAACAUGCACGACCUGCACUACCAUUCCAAGUACUACGAAAACCGGACUGGAGAACGUUUCUUGGCUUUGGAUGGCCGUCUGAACUCCAUCGAGAUGGAGAUAGAAACAAUCUCAUCCAGCAUCAAUGCCACUGUCAGUCAUGUCCAGAGCAUGUACAAGUACAUCAACAUUGAGAGCUCCACCUGCCAGAGCCGCCUGAGCAGACAAAUGGAAGAUAUGCAGAACUUAAACAGCAGCGUCUUGUUACUUCUGAACUCCGCGGACGCGCUGAGGCAGGAGCACAUGUUGUUAAAUGUACGUCUGGAUGUGGAUGUCAGGAACUUGUCCAUGGUGAUGGAGGAGAUGAAGCUGGUGGACACUCACCAUACGCAACAGAUCAAGAAUUUCACGAUAUUAAGAGGUGCUCCAGGACCGCCCGGCCCGAAAGGUAACCGCGGAGAGACUGGGUCAAAAGGACCUCUAGGACUGACCGGGGAGAAAGGUUAUCGAGGCCCAAUAGGAGGCCGUGGAUCUCAAGGAGAAAAGGGCUCUUCUGGGCCGAGAGGUGCACCUGGUCAACCUGGCCCUAGUGGCAGUCGAGGGGCCAUAGGCAACACAGGACCCAAAGGGGCCGCCGGCCAACCAGGACCACGUGGUGAAAAGGGCCAGAAAGGUGAUAUGGGUCCACUUGGUAAAAACGGGGUCCCGGGACCAAGAGGUCCAUCAGGGAUCCAGGGCCAAACAGGACUACCGGGUAUAAUUGGACCACCGGGACCCAAAGGGAAACCAGGACCAACUGGGGCCCCCGGACCACCAGGAACUCCUGGACCUCCAGGAGUACCGCCCUCCCUUGAUCAAUCCAGGAUGCAGCAGAGAAGCCAAGCUGCUGCUGGAGCCAAAAGACAGUAACCAAAUAGAUUUGGACACAGACUCGGGAAAGUUCACUGGAAGAAUUCAAGAGGAGGUUCUCCACCCAAUCGAAGGACCUGAUUAAAAACAGGACCUUUGAAAAUGACGUGGAUGAAUAUUGCCAACAAGGGUAGAGAGCACUACCCACAGACUGAACAUCAUCUGACACAUUGCAUUAUUGUCUUAUACCGGUUGUCUUCAGCCACCUCGCAAAGAUAGAUAACAACAAGUGUGGGGGGGGGGGGGGGGGGGGGGUUCCAGUGUAAAACACAAGUAAGCAAUCCUAAAACAUGGCUGUUAUUGAACUCCCAUCAGGUGAUGAUGAAGAUUGUUGAUGCCAAGAAGGAUUGCGGCUAAAUUCAAACAGAGUAGUCUUGGUUCACGCCUAUUUUCUCGAUGUCGACGGACAUUUCCUAUGAAGUGGUCACAUCUUAGUAAGCUGACAAAUUGGUCAUUUUGUGGCUUUUUCGGAGCAGGUACUCUGAAGAUGAAAUUUGCAUCUGCUGCGUCAAGUUGAACAAUUCAUUUUCAACGCUCCAAUGGCCAUGGGCAGUUUACAAUACUGUUAUGUACAAUGGUGGGCUUUAAAACGUCAUUUUUGCUUCAGUGUUUGUGCAAAUACAACUGCCAAUAUAUAUGUAUAUCUAUUUUUGCAUAGUUUAUUAUUGAACAUUUAGAACACUAUGCUGGUUAAAAGCAAGGAAAAUGUGGCAAUUAUUUGCCAGGUAGUUUGUUUUUUAAUCCAGUUGAACAAAAGCUCGAAUCUGGCGUUUACGACAACUAAGGCUAAUCAGCAAAGCGCUCACCACGAAACGCAUCAUGUGGGUCGUUUUUUCCUCAAAUGGGAAUAAGGUCUGAAGUAUUUUGUCCACAGACUAAAAAUAGCAUCAUCGUACACUAACACAGUUUGUACUUCUGCUCUGACAGGAGACUCAUCACUUUUCAUGUUACACCUGGAAACAUCCUUUCUCUCAAAGAAAUAAAAACACAAAUAGAGAACCCUACUAUUUCUUUUUUGUCAUAAAAGUGAGUGCCAUCAUGAAAUGCAACUGGCUUGCACUGAACAAUAAAAGUAGAUGUUGAAGCGGUGGUCUCGCUUGUAUCCGACUCGCAGAACAUUAUCAUCAUUGCCCUCCGAAGGAAAGGGAGCGGCUUUAUUAUUAACUUAAAACACAUGUCGGUGGCUCCUCUCGCAUUUUUGGGGGUUUUCCGCCUCAGAUUUAAAGAGAUUGUCAAAAAUCACACUGUGCCAGUGACUCUACCCCCCCAAAAAAUGUAUACCACAUAAUGCAAUGUAAUGUAAAGCACGGCAUCAUAAAUGUAAGCAGGCCUAUUUGGCAGAUAUUUCUCAUUCUCAAAUGUCAUGCCGAUACCCCCCCCCCCCCCCCCAUUUACAAAGGGUCGCAAUUUUCUUUCAUUUUUCAUUACACUUAAGACUUUCACCACAUUGCCUUGAAUCACGACAAGGAUUUUCGAGAUUUCAUAUCACUUAGAGUAAUGUGCAACACUUUAUAUUUCAGACUGUCUGGCAGCCACAAUCAAAUUGAAGUUCACUUACGAAAUAUGGGAAACUUCGAAGGGUGAAACCUCCUGAGUGUUUAUCUUGGCAGGAAUCUGCUCUUAUUUUCAUUUUUCCUCCACCGUUCUUGUAUUGGCAGCUACUUUUUAGCGUUAUCAUAUUGCAAGAGGUUGAAGUCCAAUAAUCCCAUUCCCUGAAAUCCUUCAUAUCAUUUCUCUCGCAGAAAAUUGGACUAUAGUCCAACAGAGGGGAGACAGGGGGCAUAAAUUGGCUCCCAAACCAGUCCUCGGUGCAAGUUUGUGUCGUAACCACCUGCAACAAGCCCAGGUAGACACCUCGUAAAGUUUUCGCUUCCUCUGUGGACAUUUCCUCUCCAGCACCUACAAUUCCUCAAAAGACCUGCCAUCCGCUCCCAAAGAGCCAGUUCAUUAGCACGCACGCUAACUAACACAUUCCCGCAGUCCGAGACGUGCGCUAACUGCAGAGUUGACAGGCCCCCAAAGAGCUUUUUACAUCGGCAGCUGUAAAAACACAAGCCUUCCAAGGUUGCUGUUAUUCUGUUUAUGUGUGAGUGAUGACAGGAAUCACACCUGCUGCUGCACAACGCCACUAACUCUCAGCAAAAGGUGAACAAAGCCCAAGAACUGUGCGUGGGGAAUGGACACCUAGGUUCACCAACAGAAACCUGUCCGGUACAGCCUCUGGAAGUUUCUAAUGGGACUCUACCAAGGCCAACAGUGGGCAGAUUUGUCGCUUCACACUUUACAACCGCUUCAGCCAGUCUAAGAGUCUGACCCACAGGCUCAAUUAUUCCUGCUGGCCAUAGUUCUUAAAAGUGGAGACCAUUUUGAUUUACUGUCUUAACUAAGCCGCCUUGGCACUACAAAAUGCUACUGAA